AUGGAUCGGUCUGAGGGCAACGCUUUUGAAGCCCUUGUCCAGGUUCGCAGAGGCGGCACCUUCCGGCGCUGGCGCCCGCCGCGGUCCCGGGAGAAGCCCGAGGCAAGAAAUGGAGUCGCAGCGCCGAGCGAUCCUCAUCCAGUCGUGCCGCUGGGCAUGAUCUUGGCGGUGGUUGUGGACAGCAGCGUGGAUGGCAUGCUGAUCGGCCUGGCUGGCUCGGUGGCACGGGGCAGCGGCUUCCUGCUUGCCUUGGCCACUGCCAUCGAGAUGGGCUUCCUGGGGUACUCCUUCGCCAUCUCCUUGACCAAGGCGCUGCGGCGUCCCUGGGUGGCCGUGGCCAUCUUGUCGGUGCCGCCGGUGAUGAUGCUCUUCGCCUCCACCGUGGCCUUUCUCGGCGCGUACGAGGCCAAGUCCACUCCGGUCUUUGCGGGGCUGAUUGCCUUUGCACUAGCGGCCGUGCUCUUCCUAGUGCUAGACGAGCUCCUCUUGGAGGCGCAUGAGAAGGAAGAGAGCGAGGGCUGGACAGUGUCGGUGUGGUUGUACAUCGGCUUGCUGCUGAGCAUCGCGUUUGACAUCCUCUUGUAG